CGGAGAAACUGAUCAGGACACACAGAAACAGACGACCCUACUCUGCCCUGAGCACCUUACACUGAGAUCUGCUUCUCUGUUUCUUCUUUGCUGCUCUCGAGCCACUGGUGACCUUGCUUGAUUUUGCGACUCGAAUUGCACAGUCAUGUACGGCACGGUGCUCUUAUGCGCUCAGAACAUGGUGCGAAGACGGAACACAACACAAUACAUACACACAGGGCAGAAAUGACUGUCUGUGUCAUGACGUGUGUGGUGCAGGCUGUGAGCGGCGCGAAUCAGGUGCUGCUCAACAUCGUGGAGGGCGGCCUCUUCCAGGGACAGAUACUCCUGCUGUCGCCAUCCAGAGGGGUGGGCAACCACAUUGCAACUCUCAUUGACUAAUGACCGAUGAGUGUGUCUGACUGUGUGACAGCCAUUUGAGGAGUUCUUCAACAAGCAUGGUGUCGGUGUGGUCAUCGGCACACUCGACACCGUCCUGCAGAAAGCGAGAGAUAUCAGAUAUGCCGUACGAAUGCACUCAUUGAGACGGCGUGGCCCAUUCACUCACUUCAGUUUCGGCCGCCGUCCGCCCGUGUGUGUGCGUGAAUGAUUAGGUGUGCAACACGAUCAUGACUGCCCACAUCGUGUGUCGGCUGGCGGACCUCAACAUCCCUCACUUCUGGAUACUGCACGAGUGGUGGCCCCUCGAUGACAUGUACACGCACACACACGACACAAGCAGGAGAGAAGGCCAUCAAAACACACGUUCUCCUUGCCGCUGUCAGGUUGCCCGAUGAGCUUGCGAAGCGGAAUGUGAAGUUCAUGGACACCAAGACGGUGCGGCAGGCCUUCAAGGUCUGCAACUGUGUGGUCAACGUGUCGCACAACCAGAGGGCCAUGUACGGGCUCAAAGACGCCGACAACGCCGACGUGGUGCAUGUCGGGGUGCCGCCGCCCAACGACGCGACGAGCUUUGUGGAGGCCAAGCUGUCGACGGCAGGCAACAAGGAGGAGAUGAUCAUACUCGUACAAAACCCAUCCACACAGACGUGCUGCCUCAAUGUGACUUCCCUCUGUGUGUGUUGUGCUUGUGUGUGUAGGUGUUGGGCAUCGUGUGUCCGCGGAAGAAUCAGCACACGGCCGUGCGCAUAUUCAAGAAACUCGCCGGCGACAGGAAGGUCAGCCAAGCAGCAGGCCAGCUGCACGUGCCUCGAGUAUGCACACGUGUUUGUGUUUGUGUGUGGUGUGGUCAGGAUGUGCGUCUGGUGAUAGUGGGUGCCCGUUACAUCCGGGACUAUGAGAUCGAGUACGUCGAGCAAGUCAAACAGGAGAUUGGAGGUCCGCACACAAAUGACACAAAAUGAUACACACAACUGACCACGAGUCUGUGUCUGUGUCUGUGUCGUGUACGUGUCAGACGACAGCCGCAUUGAGCUGCACGAGGUCACCAAGGAGCCUGACAGGUAUCCACACACACUCACAUCGCCUCCCGCCACCUCCCCGGCCAUUUACUUGUCCAUCCGCCAUACAUGCAGGUUUUAUCGCCGAGCCGACGUGUUGCUGGUGACGUCACUCAACGAGGUGACGCCCAUGGUCAUCCCCGAGGCCAUGAUGCGCGGCCUGCCAGUCGUCACGACCGACAUCGCCGGCAUCCCAGAGAUGCUCACACACGGCACUCACGGAUUCGUAUACCCACCGGAGCAAGAGGACUCCUUUGUCGAGGUGCGUGCCUUUGUCUGUCAGGCCGCCGUGUGAUCUCUCUUUCUCACGUGUGUCUUUCUGUUUGCACCACCAUGUAGGCGUUGUCAAAGCUGGUGGAUGACCCGCAGCUGCGGGCAGACAUGGGCAAGGUAUGCAGGAACGGAUUGAGAUAGCAAGUAGACCGCACCAUGAGUGUGCUGUGCUGUGUUGCGUCGUGUUUUGUUGGUUGGUCCAGCGUGCGUCGGAGCAUGCGAUGGCCACUUUUGCGCUGAGCGUCAUGACGUUUAAGUACUGCAAAAUCGCCCUUUCCAUCUCGCCAACCAUCAUACUCAUCGACAUGGACGGUAUACAGGCAGCCAGACAGGCAGGCAGGCAGGCAGGAAGCAACCACAUCGAGACACAGAGACACAUUUGUGCUGUGCUGUGUGGGCAUGUCAGGAACAUUGGUUGACUGGGACGCCGGAUUCUAUGCGCAUUGGAAGGACCGUUCGAGUGUGGACCGGACGGUGUCAUACGCGAUGGAGGAGUGCGUCCCCAAGAACUACAGACAGGAGGCCAUGGACAUCUUCCACUCAAAGGGCUUCUUCCUCAACCUCCCUGUACGCACCCCUCUCCUCCAUUCAAAGCAAUCAAACAGCGUCCAUCCAUCCAUCCAUCCAUAUCUAUCUCUGUGUGCAGCCGUACCCUGGUGCGAUUGAGGCGUUGAAGGCGAUGACGGCCGCGGGUUAUGAGGUGUGGAUAGCCACCAGCCCCAUCAAGACCAGCCACUACUGCGCCCAGGAGAAGCUCGAGUGGGUCCUGAAACACCUCGGCCAAGAGUGGAUCGCCAAAACCAUACUCACACAGGUAUGGUAGGCUCCUACAUAGGGCACCCGCCACGUGCCGCGUGCGCACAGCACGUGGUGUUGUGUGUCGGUUUCUUUCUCUCUCUGUCAGGACAAGACGGUGUUGCGUGGUGACUUCCUGAUCGACGACAAGCCUUUCAUCAAGGGGGCACAGCAGGCACACUCAUGGCAUCAGGUACGCACAAUCAGCACACACACUCACACACACACACGCACACGUCUUCUCACCUCCACCUCUGCUCUGUCCUCCCCUCCUCCCUCCCCUCCUCCCUCCUGUCUGUCUGUGUCUGUCAGAUCAUAUUCGACCAGCCGUACAACGGGCAUCGGGGCGACCUGAGCCGCAUGUACCGGUGGACAGAGUGGCAGGAGGUGCUGGACGAGGCACUCAGCCAAGUGGCACACCUCGACGACGUCCCCUCCUCACCACCCAAGUCACCCCUCUCGCCCUUCUCACCCGACGCACUGGUCAGAUGAGUGGAUCGAUGGACGGAUGGGUGUGGCGGAUGGCUUCAUCUGUUAUGCUGUGCUGUGCUGUGCUGGUAAUCGACAGAAGUGGCAGAAGUUCAAGGAGGAGGUCGACGCGCUGCCCGACUUCUCGUCAUACCUCAAGGGGGUUGAUGAGUGGAGGAAAGACUACACGUCAUGGAGGACCGGUACGGUGGACACACACACACGGCAAGACCGGUGUGUGUAUGGUGCGUGAAUGUGUGUGUGGUUGAAUGGCUGCAGGCAAGGGCCAGGGCGCCAAGGGUGACGUGCGCGAUGUGCUCAAGUCGAUUGAGAACAUCAAGCGCGAGAUGGCCCUGCUCAACAUGGACGAGACGCAGGGAGACCCCGCAGAAAUGCACAUCUUCAGGAAAGGUAAAGACGUCCACACAUCCAGAGAGAACAAGACACCCACCACACACACACAGGUGCAUCCAUGAUGGUCACGAUUGUGUGUUGGUCAUUUUUGAUAGGCUACACGCAAUGGAGGCGGGGCAGCCCUUCCGGUGCUCGCGGCGGGCCACUGGGCUAGCUACACAGACCUGCACAUCUGCCACAUACAAUGGUUUCAUUUUCUCGUCGACGCAUCCAUCACUUUCUCUGUCUCUGUGUGCCGGCGGCCGAGUAGACACAGAGAGCCUCGAUCACACUGCAUUCGGUGGGAUGUCUGGCGGUUUUGGACUGACCUGACUCGUCGUGUCGUGUCUGUCUGUGUCUGUGUCGUGUGUGUCGUGCAUGUUGGAUGGAUGAAGGAUUUUUGAUGCCCUGCUGAGCUAGACAUGGAGAGACGGCGGGGGCCUGCAUGUGCGUGUUUUGUUCAUCG